GGCGCAGUACGCCAGUCUCUCUCUGCAGCGCCGUGUGUUGCCGCUCCGCAGCAGAGGUCCGUGCCUGCCGCUGUCUUCGCGCCGCCGCCCCCGCCACAGCCACCAUGCCCAACUUCGCCGGUACCUGGAAGAUGCGCAGCAGCGAGAAUUUCGAUGAACUCCUCAAGGCGCUGGGUGUGAACGCCAUGCUGAGGAAGGUGGCAGUGGCGGCUGCAUCUAAGCCGCACGUGGAGAUCCGCCAGGAUGGGGAUCAGUUCUACAUCAAGACAUCCACCACGGUGCGCACCACGGAGAUCAACUUCAAGGUCGGAGAGGGCUUCGAGGAGGAGACAGUGGACGGACGCAAGUGCAGGAGUUUGCCCACUUGGGAGAACGAGAACAAGAUUCACUGCACACAGACUCUUCUUGAGGGGGAUGGCCCCAAAACCUACUGGACCCGAGAGCUGGCCAAUGAUGAGCUGAUCCUGACAUUUGGCGCCGAUGAUGUGGUGUGCACAAGAAUUUAUGUCCGGGAGUAAAGGUGGCUGGCUUGUUCCUGCUUUCAGGACAGGAUGCGAGUUCCCCUGAGGACUGUGUCAUCGGCCUGCACAGCCAGUGGGUCUUUCCUCCUACACACCCCUCCCCGUAAACAUUAGGCAACCCCGUUUUCCCUGUGACACUGCUGUAGUGCCCUGCCCUCAGGCCCCUGUCGCCUGUGCAUCCCUGGUUUGGCGUUUGCAUGGUUGUACCGGUCAUUAAACUGGUUGGACGCAUCUCAA